CUUGUAUCUCAUAAGUCUGACUGACUUUGUCAGUAAAAGGCAUAGGAGAUAGGAUGCCGAUCCCUCGGCUCGCCAUCGGAACUCCGGCUGAGGUGACUCGCCCAGAAGCGCUCAGGGCGGCGCUCGCUGAGUUCUUCUCCACCUUCAUCUUCGUCUUCGCCGGUCGCGGUUCGGUCAUCGCCUUCGAGAAGAUGGCGGGCGGCUCGGUAUCGACUCCGGAGGGACUCGUCUUGACGGCACUAGCGCACGCGUUCGCCCUAUUCGCGGCCGUGUCGACGGCCUCCAACGUCUCCGGCGGCCACGUGAACCCCGCGGUGACAUUUGGAGCCUUAAUCGGCGGCCACAUCACGCUUCCCCGUAGCAUCCUCUACUGUAUCGCGCAGCUGCUAGGCUCCUCCGCGGCCUGCGCCGUGCUUGGCUAUUCCAUCGGCGGCCUGGACGCGGCGACCUUCGCCCUCGCCGCGGGCGUGAGCCCGUUGCGGGCGCUGGUGCUGGAGGCCGCGAUGACCUUCGGGCUGGUGUACACGGUCUACGCGACGGCGGCGGACGCGAAAAGGGGAGCGAUCGGACCUCUCGCGAUUGGGUUGGUGGUGGGCGCUAACAUUCUGGCCGGCGGGGCCUUCGACGGCGCGGCUAUGAACCCGGCGUUGGCGUUCGGGCCGGCGCUGGUAAGGUGGGCAUGGAAGGACCAUGGCGUGUACUGGGCCGGGCCACUCGCCGGCGGCGGCGUCGCCGGGUUCUUCUACGAGUACUUCUUCACUCCAAACACCUUCCAGCCGAUCUCUUCCGUCAAUUGCUGAGGUACCCCACAAGACAACAGCCCCGGAAGUAUUACUUUGCCUCUACUAAGUUGAGCUACCACACCGACUUCGAAGUCCUCUACCGAUUUUACAACUUCAUCCUUGUUUAUUACCAAUCUGUGGAGGCCUAUUUCAUGUUGUUUCUAGCUAGAACUGCUCGUGAUUUGGCUGAUUUAUGAUCCCUGUUACUCAUCUUCGACUCUCUAUAACACAAGGGGACAAGAACUGCAUGCCUGUUCUUUGUUUUCUACUGCUGUUAUAACUUAGAUGCUUUCCUCCUCUA